CAGGAAGCAAUUCUAUCCGGCAGCGCGUUGCUGUGCGUGAAGUCUGGCCACUGUUCCAAGUGAAGAAGAAAGGGGGAGACGUAGCCGUACAAGCUAACUAGAACGAUACCCUACCAAUGCAGUUACAUUUUUAACGAUUAUUUUAGAAAAUAUAGGUAAUUUCCCUGCCUGCUUGCCUCUGAAUCGCGACAACCUUUCCCCCUGCCCGGGCUUUAGCGCACACAGACAUGAGCGGCAGCGGGCGGCCCAGGACCAGCUCGUUUGCUGAGCCUCCUGGAGCUCCCGGAGCCGCUGCAGCCGCCGCAGGAUCGGCCGUUGCUGGAGGAAACUCCGCAGGAAAAUCCGGGGCUUCACAGGCCACUGGGAGCAGUUCGACUGGCUUCGGAAAUUUGAAACUAGCACGAGACAGUGGCAAAGUGACAACUGUGGUUGCCACACCAGGCCAAGGUCCAGACCGCCCACAGGAGGUGUCCUAUACCGAUAUCAAGGUGAUUGGGAAUGGCUCCUUUGGCGUGGUGUACCAAGCACGCCUCAUCGACAGCCAGGAGAUGGUGGCCAUCAAGAAGGUUCUGCAGGACAAGAGAUUUAAGAACCGAGAACUACAGAUCAUGAGAAAAUUGGACCACUGCAACAUUGUCAGGCUACGCUACUUCUUCUACUCCAGUGGGGAGAAAAAAGAUGAGGUGUAUCUAAAUCUGGUGCUGGACUUUGUCCCAGAGACGGUGUAUCGGGUGGCCCGGCACUUCAACAAGGCCAAGACCACCAUCCCCAUCAUAUAUGUCAAGGUGUAUAUGUACCAGCUGUUCCGUAGUCUGGCCUAUAUCCAUUCCCAAGGUGUAUGUCACAGAGACAUCAAGCCCCAGAACCUGCUGGUUGACCCUGAGACAGCCAUUCUCAAACUCUGUGACUUUGGCAGUGCUAAGCAGCUUGUUCGUGGGGAGCCCAACGUGUCCUAUAUCUGCUCACGGUACUAUCGCGCCCCUGAGCUAAUUUUUGGCGCUACGGACUACACGUCCAACAUCGACAUUUGGUCAGCGGGCUGUGUGCUGGCUGAACUGCUGCUAGGACAGCCAAUCUUCCCUGGGGACAGUGGAGUGGACCAGCUGGUGGAAAUCAUCAAGGUUUUGGGUACUCCGACGAGAGAGCAGAUACGAGAGAUGAACCCAAACUACACAGAGUUCAAAUUCCCCCAGAUUAAAGCACAUCCCUGGACAAAGGUGUUUAAGCCCCGUACCCCGCCGGAGGCCAUCUCCCUGUGUUCCCGUCUGCUGGAGUACACCCCCGUCACGCGGCUGUCCCCGCUGGAGGCCUGCGCCCACGCCUUCUUCGAUGAGCUGCGCCAGCCCACCGCUCGCCUGCCCAGUGGACGAGAACUGCCCCUCCUCUUCAACUUCAGCCCUGUUGAGCUGUCUAUCCAGCCCCAGUUGAACUCUACACUAAUUCCUCCUCACGCUCGCGCACAGACAUUGCCUGCCUCACAUGAGGGCAGUGUGUCGGACAGUCCCGCCCAGACCAGCUCAGCACCUGGAUCCAUCAACAACAGCACCUGAACACCCUUCCUUCUGUCCCCUUUUCUCCCUGUCUUUCCUCUUUUCCACUCCUCCCUUUUCCUCCUUCCAGUCCUUCUUCUGGCUCCAAGCUUAGAGAAACAGCUACUACACAUGCAUACGCAAACACUCAAACAGCCACUCUCUCUCACACACACACACACACACAGACAAAAUCAUCCCUUGAAUAUUUCUAUUAUAAAUGUAAAAACUUUCUGGUGCGUAUAUGUUGAUGGUAGUUACAGUGGGGUGGAGUUGUGGAAAAUGACUGAAUCUGACGAAAGCUAGACUGUAUUCUAACCUUUCCAGCUGCGUUUUAUCUUUUCUUUUUAAACUUUAUUUAUUUGAAAGUGCCUUUGUUUUGGUGAUGUAUGCCAGUAAAUGGAAUAGGGUGAAGUUGAGGCCUUUCUCACUUCAGUUUAGACAAUGUACCACAGUCUUCAGUUAUAGAUGUUUAAAAACCCAACGGUUCUAUGGUCCGUUACCUGACAAGUCCCUGACAGAGGUUUGUGAGCCCUGACAACGUACAUCUUCCUCUGCCCAGACAUUUACUCCAAAACCAAGUCCAAAGUGUUCGUUUUUUUAUUUGCUUCAUCGAAUUCGAUACCAAACUGCGGCAUAUUAAUUUAGACUUUCUGUAUCGUUUUAAAUUAGAUGAUUUUAAAAGCUUUUAUUGCACAUGUUAAAAUGUUCUUCAAAUGAGGUAACUACAAACUGUUUCAUCAAACUGUUUCUGAAAAGAGAUGUUAAAAUGAUUAUUGAUGAGAUUUAUUUGAAUAAUAGGGACCUCUUUUAUAUGUUUUUUUUUUUUCUAUUCAAGUUUAUUUCCUUAAGUUUAGCAGGACGUGUAUAGACAAGGAGCAAGCUAUGCACUUCUCCAAAGACAGAGGAACUGCUAAUGCUACCUUUAUCUAGGGAUGGAUAGGGCUCCUAAUUUCACUCUUAUCAGUGGCCAUUCAACCCAAGAACCAAAGCCUAGGUUAGAGGGUUACUUGACACUGAGGCUACUGCUUCCUCUCUCUUCUCAACUCAGUCUAAAUGCACAGCUGCAUUGCUUAUAGGGGAGAUCUGAAGUGUGUAUGUGCAUGUGAGUGUGUGCAUUGAAAUGAAAGCGCUAAAUAGCAUGCGAGUGUGUGUCCUUGUGUGGGUGUGUGUCCCUGUCCAUCUCCAUCAACCCACUGUAGCACUGUUUUCUUUCUUAGUGUAGAUCCUUACAGCGUCACAGUCAGAUUUGGCAUAAUGAAAUCCAUUUUCAUCCAACCACACCUGUUCUCCCUAAUCACUGCACAAAGACAAUAGGUUGAAAAUAAGGGGGGGAGAGAAUGCCCUAGAAAAAUCCUCCCUACACUUCUGGAGCCUCCCAUUCAGAUCUUUUCCUUCUGCUUUUCCUGCCCUCUCAUCCCCUCUGUCUCUCACUGCUAAACUGUAAAUAUCAAGUACCUUUUAUUUUGUUAUUUUUUUUUUUGUUAUUGUUAUUAUAUUGUUCUUGUAAUUUCAUUUUAUUUUCUCUAGCGGAGGGGUCCUGGUUUAGCAGCGACCAGGCUCUGUCUCCUCAGUCUGUAAAUACAAUUUCAUUUCAGUCCCUGGUUCAGGGGGAAAAAACAGAACAAAAUGUUUCUCUUGUUUUUCUCUCUCCCUCCAUUUCUCUCUCGUUGCCUUUCCCUUUGCCCCAUAAAUGUUAUGAUCAUUUUAUUUAUUGUAUUUUAGGGUUUUAUUUUGUUUCUGAGGGGGGGGGGGGGGGGGGGGUGGUUGUCAGCUUGUAUGGUUUGUUUUAUAAAGAUGUCAAUUCCCCAUGUUCAUGCAAAACAAUCCAACGUCCAAAAUACUGUCUUAGAACUUGGGAGUUUUUUCCCAAUGAAGAUCCUGUAUUUGCAAUUACACAUCCUAGUCAGUAGGUAUAACUACAGGGUUUUUGUAUCAAUGUGAAGGGAAUCCCCCAAUACUGGGUUUAUGGUAGUCUAGCUGAUGUCCUAAUAGUAUACCUGGUGGAUCCUAUGUCAGGGUAUUGGGGAAAUUGCGUGGGGUGGGGGAGGGUGAAAAUGUCUUAUGAUGCAUCCCUCCUGUGUUCCAAGUGUUUUGUGUAACAUGGGUAAACCUGUUACUGCUGUCUGAUUACAUGAGUGAAUGAUUGAACUGACAAAUCUUACAGAAGUCUGGGUAUGUUUCUCAAAUAUCUAUGCCCCUUGUUUUCCCAAAAUGAAGACAUGACAAAAAUGCUUUUUGUGUUUUAUUUCCCUCUCUUGUUUUGGUUUUAUUUUGUGGUGAUCCUGUUCUUUAUCGCCCUGCCAAAGGGUUAUACCACAUCACUGCUGGGAAAAGAGCGGUUCUGACGAGUGGAUGGAGAGAGAGAGGAAUGGAGGGAGAGAGACUGUGUUUUUGUUUGUUGGUAUAAAUAAUUAAACUCAUUAAUAAAGUGAUGAAACUAC